UUUGUGAUUGAGGGCUGUAGGCUGUACUUGUCUGGUUUCCUACAUGUUGGGAUUGCGGUACCUGUCCUUUGCUUACCAGGACCUUGAAGAGAUCCCCUACAGCUCAAUACUCCAGCACCAAGACACCCUGGAAGUACUGGACCUGAGCUACAAUCUCCUGGAGGACCCAGCUCUACUGGGAGAGCUGGAGAAGCUCACCACGUUGAUUCUGGACUGCAACAACUACACGUCACAUGUGAAAUUCCCAUUCAUGCCCAGUGUCACGACGGUGUGGGUAAACAAAAACAAAAUAAAAAACCUGCCCACAUUUGUCGAAGAAGUAAGAAGGAAGUUCCCUAACAUCAGAAUUCUCAGUAUGAUGAACAAUGAAGCUGCACCAAGUUAUUUUAAUGGAAGGAGUCUGCAUCAGUCAUCUGAUAACAGACAGUAUGUUAUCAGCCAGAUCCCAGGUUUGGAGGUCCUGGAUGAUAAGGAAGUUUUGGAAGAGGAGCGCGUUGAAGCUCAAAAGGUAUAUAAGCUCCAGAGGUCAAGUGUGUCCAAGAAGAAAAAGGACAUAAGAAAAUAACCCCACUUGAGGCUGAUCUUCGCAAUCUUCCUACUUCAUACAUUACACUGCCCUGCAGCCUGCAGCAGCCAUACAAAAGUCUGGGCACACCAGUAUGUAUAAAUAGUAAUGGCACCUUGUUUGUUACGUGCAACCCCUUUGCUGUAUUGUGCUCUAAAAAAUUUAUUUGAGACCUAGCCUAGCAGAGUAUUAAUUGAUCAAACCAACCCUUUACAGCUGUAAACUUUUAACAGCUCUUGCAUGCUUUUAAAAAAAGGAGGUUAUUUUGCACAAUCUAUUUAUUCAUUCCUUUCUUUUCCCUGUUUUCCUUAAUUUAUCUACCAAAAGUUUGGCUUUAGAUAUGACGUUAAAACAAGUAUCGACUUGGA